UCCUUCGUGGCUGUCCAAGUUUUCGCUAUCGGCGUCAUCCAAGGGAUAGCAACUGCGAUUACCUUCCCAAACCAUUCAAACUUGAAGUUCUCGGUUUUGCCUUUCUCGAUUAUCCCAUAUAAAGGACCUGCACUCAACAACUCGUGAUCGCAGCGCGUGGAAGACACAUGAGAAGCUUACUGAUAAAUCAUCACAGAAAGGGAAGCUGAUAUCGUAGUCCGGGGCGCGUUCGCACACGGUGCGGCUAGAAGAGAAUGAAGCUCUUUGUGAGGUCGCUCUUUUUGUUGGUGCUUUCAUCAGUGACAACGGGUGAAAUAUACGUUCAACCGGAACAGGUACACCUAUCCUAUGGAGCGGAGCCCAGCGAGAUGAUGGUCACAUGGACGACCUUCAACUGGACAAACGAGUCCAUGGUGGAGUAUGGCGUCGGACGUCCCCGACACCGGACGGCCGGGAACUGCACCAAGUUCACGGACGGCGGACAACAACACAGGACACUGUUCAUACACAGAGUUCUACUGACGGGACUGAAACCAAAUACACUGUACAGAUACCAUUGUGGCAACGAUCGUCAUGGUUGGAGCCCUAUAUUCUGGUUCCGUACAAUGCCGGUCUCUACUUGGAGUCCUGUCCUGGCAGUGUACGGAGACAUGGGAAACGUGAACGCCCAGUCACUGCCAUUUCUGCAGGAAGAGGCUCAGAAUGGAUCCAUCCAUGCUGUCUUACACGUUGGUGACUUUGCGUACGACAUGGACACGAAUGAAGCUAGAGUUGGGGACGAGUUCAUGCGUCAAAUCGAGCCGGUGGCCGCGUACGUGCCUUACAUGACCUGCGUCGGCAACCAUGAAAAUAGAUACAACUUCUCCAACUAUGUGAACCGUUUCAGUAUGAUUGACCAACGGUCAAGGAAAAUUAACAAUCAUUUUUUCAGCUUCAACAUCGGACCGGCGCACGUGAUUGGUUUCUCUACCGAAUUCUACUUCUUCGUCAAUUAUGGCUUCGAGCAGAUUGCUCAUCAGUACCAGUGGCUGGAGGAAGACCUCAAGGAAGCCAGCAAGCCAGAGAAUCGUGCCAGACACCCAUGGAUCAUAACGAUGGGCCACAGACCAAUGUAUUGCAGUAACAACGACCGGGACGACUGCACUUUCAAUGAAAGCAUUGUCCGAAAAGGCCUGCCUAUUCUACACCUGUAUGGACUCGAGGACCUAUUUCACAAAUAUGGAGUAGACCUGGAACUUUGGGCACACGAACAUUCGUACGAACGGCUAUGGCCUGUCUAUGAUCGAAAGGUGUACAAUGGCAGCUAUGAUGCACCCUAUACAAAUCCUGGUGCACCUGUCCAUAUAGUGACUGGUUCUGCGGGCUGCCAAGAGAGGCUGGACCCUUUUGUUCCUCAUCCACGCCCAUGGAGUGCAGUGCGCAUCUCUGAUUAUGGCUACAGCAGGAUGACUUUGCACAAUGCAACACAUCUCACACUUGAGCAGUUAUCUGCAGAAAAGGAAGGACAAAUCUUGGACAAAAUAACCAUCGAGAAAGCCAGCCAUGGACCCUACGUGUGAGCAACUGGGACCUGUCAUUUGUAAAUACACCAACGCAGCAGCAACGCCUGAUGAUGUUAUGAUAGCCCCGAAAGUUUCUCAAACUAUACCCACCCACAUGAUAUCCGAUAAAUAUGUUCACCUUCUUGAUAAAGUUGUUUGUUGCUGGUGAAAGAAACGUAACAAAGCGGUUUUUCCUCAUACUUUGAAUUGUACGUCCUGGCAAAAUAAAAAGAUGGAUCACAA